CAAGCAGAGUAAAAUUUGCUUAUCUAUUAAUUUUAAUUUAGCACAUUGCUUUGUUGUUUAUAUCCACGAAAAUGGUGCUAAAACAAACCGAAGCAGCCAAUGCUCCCAUUGUUAAAUGGAUUGGAGCUCACGAUCCACUAGUUACGGUCGAUCAUUUGCAACACAAAAACGUUUAUUUUUACGCCAAGUGUAUUAUCGGUCCCCUGACAUUAAGUGUGGGAGACUUCGUUCUAGUGUCGAAUGCUGAUUCCGCCUACCCAGAUACGGACGAAGGCUGUGACAUAGCCAAAAUUCUCUAUCUGUACGAGCUGAGGGAACUAAUGCCCGACAAGGAUCCCUGUCGUGCCGUAGUUCAGUGGUAUUCACGCCCGGAGUGUAUUCCUCAUAAGCAUUUUGAUGAUGACACAAUUUGCGUAGAUUUUGCCACAGAAGUUAUUGAGGAACACCGACCAUACGACGCAGACAUCUCACUGGAGACCAUUUAUCGUAAAUGUAGUGUUAUUUGUGGCUCCCCAGAAAAUUCAGCCGCUGGCCUAUUACAGAGUUUCAAUUCAAAGCGCACCAAUUGCCCAAUGUUUGUGUGUCGCUAUAAAUUCAUUAAAGUUAAGAAUUCAUAUCGCCUCGAGCCACUACAAUUCACUAAUGAGGAUGUAGCAACGGCUGGCGACCGUGGCCGGAGAAGAUCAACAACUGCUGCUGUUACGGAAUCGAAAGCAUCGUCUGCCAAAAAACCUAGGCGUUCCUGUGCCACAAACAAUGAGGGUAGGACACGACGUGCCUCUGUUAGUGCUACAAAUGCUUUGGAAUUUGUAGACCUUACUUAUUUCAAUGAGGAAAACAAAGUAUCUCCCAUUAAAAUUAUAGGUGGACGCAGUGUUGUUCGCCUUUCGGCCAAAAAGAAGCAAUCAACAGGUGAAAAGACAAAAGGGGAAGAUGAAAUAAAUGCCAAUUACUUGCCAGCAUCGCCAUUGGCUGAGCAGAACAUUAAAGUUACACCCAGAUCACGAGCUGCCGCUGCAAAGCGAAAUUUGAACCUGAGUUUGGAUAAUGGAGCUGAUACUACCGCAGAUUCAGAUUGCCUAAACUAUUCCAUUGUAAAAGAAACACCAGACCGGAAAGAACCUCCCAAUGAGAUGAAGAUAAAGUUGAGAUUAUCCGAAAGGAGACGUUCCACACGACUUUCAUCAAUGGAAGAAGAUCCCCUUGCCAUUCAGCCUGAUUUGGAAGCUAAACCAGAGGAAUCCCAUCCCAAAACUCCUUCAAGAAAAUCGAAGCUUGCUACAGAAGGUACACCUUCAACUAGAAAGAAAAAUGAAUCGGUAAAGAAGUCUCAAAAUGCUGAUGACAUUUAUCACACGCCCACUAAAAAGGCUAAAGAAACAAAAGAAACAGGGGAGGGCACUCCGUCGCAAAACCGCAGAAAAAGUAUCUUAAAAUCUGCCGCAUCAAGAUUAGCUGAAGGUACACCUAGGAGAAGCAUACAACUGUCUAGUAUUGUUGAACAAAGGGUCUUCAAUGAUGAUGAUAUCAUAAAUACACCAAAACGUACCAAAGCUCGGAAAAGUAUUGCACUACCUGUAGUGGAUAGCGACAAAACUGCGGCAGAUGCCGAUGAAGAAUACACCCCAAAGAAGACUCAACAGAAAACUCCCUCGAAAGGACGACGAAGCACAACAAAAGCCACCGAAGCCCCGGGAACACCCAAAACUCCAUCACAAAAACUUAAAAUGAUACGUUCUGGAGAGAUCAAACCCACUCUAGAAAAACGCGACUCUUUAGCUGGUUCUGAAAAAGGAAAAACUGACUUACAAAUAGCUCGUGAGCGUCUACACGUCUCAGUAGUACCUAAAAGUUUGCCCUGUCGCGAGAAAGAAUUUGAAAAUAUUUACACCUUUUUGGAAGGUAAAAUUCAAGAUCAAUGUGGUGGUUGUAUGUACGUGUCUGGUGUUCCCGGAACAGGAAAAACGGCCACCGUCACAGGUGUUAUACGAAUGCUACAAAAGAGAGUGGCCGAAGACGAUUUACCGCCAUUCGAUUUUUUGGAAAUAAAUGGCAUGCGUUUGACUGAACCUCGUCAAGCUUACGUUCACAUAUACCGUCAGUUAACUGGUAAAACAGUGUCGUGGGAACAUGCCCAUGCGUUGCUGGAAAAAAGAUUCACCACACCUGCACCCCGCCGAGUUACAACAGUAUUACUGGUUGAUGAACUGGACAUAUUGUGUAAUCGCAGACAAGAUGUAGUCUACAAUUUACUUGACUGGCCAACUAAGUCCGCAGCGCGCCUUGUCGUGGUAACUAUUGCCAAUACUAUGGAUCUGCCAGAACGUUUACUCAUGGGAAAGGUGACAUCCCGUUUGGGUUUGACGCGUUUAACUUUCCAGCCAUAUACUCACAAACAAUUACAAGAGAUUGUAACCGGUCGGUUACAGGGUUCUGAAGCAUUUAAAGGCGAUGCCGUUCAAUUGGUUGCUAGAAAAGUAGCAGCUGUAUCGGGUGAUGCUCGUAGAGCAUUAGAUAUUUGCCGCAGAGCCACAGAAAUUGCGGAUGCAGCUGCAACUAAAUGCGUAAAUAUGUUACAUGUACAGCAAGCCUUAAACGAAAUGAUUUCAAGUGCCAAAGUACAGGCCAUAAAGAACUGCUCUCGACUGGAACAAAUUUUCCUACAAGCUGUGGUGGCAGAGGUUACUCGUACCGGCGUCGAAGAAACCUCGUUUAUGGGUGUCUAUACACAAAUUGAAACCAUAGCAGCAUUUAUGGGUGCCACAACACCUGCACCGGGUCGCGCUUUGCGUAUUUGCGCCAAACUGGGUUCGGAACGCUUGCUUAUAUGCGAACACUCCCGCAAUGAUGUUUUCCAAAAAAUUCUACUCAACGUCAGCAUGGAUGACAUACAUUACGCAUUGAAGGUUAACAAUUCAAACUGAU